AUGGGCUUCGAGCGUGGUGGCAGAGGCGGCGCCCGUGGCGGUGGUCGUGGUGGAUUCGGUGGUGAUCGUGGUGGCCGCGGUGGUGGCCGUGGUGGCUUCGGCGGUGGUGACCGUGGUGGCCGCGGUGGCUUCGGUGGUGGCCGUGGUGGUGCUCCUCGUGGUCGUGGUGCCCCCCGUGGUCGUGGCGGUCCCCCUGGCCGUGGUGGUCGCGGCGGUGCCCGCGGUGGUGCUAAGGGUGGCGCUGCCGGCAAGAAGGUCAUUGUCGAGCCUCAUCGUCACAAGGGCGUCUUCGUCGCUCGUGGCGGUAAGGAGGAUCUCCUCGCUACCGUCAACCUUGUCCCUGGCGAGUCCGUCUACGGCGAGAAGAGAAUCUCCGUCGAGAACGCCUCCAAGGAGGAGGGUGGUGCUUCCACCAAGACUGAGUACCGCAUCUGGAACCCUUUCCGUUCGAAGCUUGCUGCCGGUAUCCUCGGUGGUCUUGAGACCAUCUACAUGAAGCCCGGCUCCAAGGUCCUCUACCUCGGUGCUGCCUCCGGUACUUCCGUUUCCCACGUUGCCGAUAUUGUCGGCCCUACCGGUUCCGUCUACGCCGUCGAGUUCUCUCACCGUUCCGGCCGUGAUCUCAUCAACAUGGCUACCCGCCGCACCAACGUCAUCCCUAUCGUCGAGGAUGCCCGUAAGCCCAUGGCUUACCGCAUGCUCCUCCCCAUGGUCGAUGUCAUCUUCGCCGAUGUUGCCCAGCCCGAUCAGGCCAGAAUUGUCGGCAUCAACGCCAAGCUCUUCUUGAAGCAGGGUGGUGGUCUUCUCAUCUCUAUCAAGGCUUCUUGCAUUGACUCCACUGCUCCCCCUGAGCAGGUCUUCGCUUCCGAGGUCCAGAAGCUCCGUGAGGACAAGUUCUUCCCCAAGGAGCAGUUGACUCUUGAGCCCUAUGAGCGUGACCACGCCAUGGUUUCUUGCGUCUACCAGCAGAAGGAGUUCGUCGAUAACUGA